GGCUGAUCAGACCUGAAUAAACCAGGUCUGCGCGGAUUUAACCGCACGGAGUGCUGGCUCUGGCCCAGGCUGCAGCCAUGCCUCUUCUGGAAGCGACCACUCUGCCACAAGAGCACCCACCCACUGUCCCCGUGGUCAUCAUAGGCAAUGGGCCGUCAGGUAUUUGUCUGUCCUACCUGCUGAGUGGAUACAAGCCCUACCUAGAUACGGCAACUGUCCACCCAAACCCAAUACUCUACAGGAAACUGCAAGAGACCAAGCACCUACCCAUCACUGAACAGGAUCUGGAAUAUCUGAGUGAAGGUCUCGAGGGGAGGUCAAGGAACCCAGUGGCUGUGCUUUUUGACACACUUCUGCACCCCAAUGCUGACUUUGGCUACGAAUUCCCCCCUGUUCUUCAGUGGAGCAGGGACAAGCAGCAACACAUCCCACAUCUGGUGCUGGGGAGGGCAACACCUGGAGGUGCUUGGCAUGCAAUGGAAGGCUCCAUGCUGACGAUUAGUCUUGGCAUUUGGAUGGAGCUUCCUGGGGUUAACUACAGAGACUUGACUAAUGGGAAACGCAGGGAUGUAACCAGUGACAGAGCCACCCCAGAGGAGAUCUCAUGCUAUUACCGUAACUAUGUGAAGCUAAAGGGUCUCCAAAAGAAUUUUGUAGACAACACAUACGUGACCUCUGUCCAGAAACUCUACCGGGGACAUGAGGGGGAAGGUCUGAAAAAUGGGCACACUGAUCAAGGAGAUGGAGGGGUGGGAGAUGGUGGGAAUGAAGGCUUUGAGGGAAAUGGAGUUGAGUGUCUAAACAAUGGAGGAGGGGGGGCUCUUUGGGAAGUAAGGGGAUACCAGCAGGUGCAGAACGACACUCAUGUCCCCUUCUCUCUGUUUGCUGAGAAUGUCGUUCUGGCCACUGGUGCGUCCGAUUCACCAGUUCGAUUAGGUGUAGAGGGGGAGGACCUACCGUUUGUAUUCCACAGCAUCUCAGACCUGGGUUUGGCCAUAAGCCGGAGAAAGCUAGAUAUGAACUCUGAUCCAGUUUUAAUCGUAGGUGCUGGUUUAAGUGCUGCAGAUGCAGUUCUGUGCGCUUGUAACAGCAACAUUAGAGUGCUGCAUGUUUUUCGUAAGACCGUAGACGACCCAGACCUCAUCUUCAAACAGCUGCCCAAGACGCUGUACCCAGAGUACCACAAGGUCUACAACAUGAUGUGCUCUCAGACAUACACAAAUGUUGCUCCCUCCUCUGCUUCAAACAGACCCCAGGCAGUUAGUAUUGCCUCUUCAGUAUGUGCCAAGAUGUGCCCAAAGCCCCAACUUGCCACCGGCACCAUAGCUGGUAAUGAGUGUGUCAGCCUGUUCCCUGACUACACCAGUUUCCCUGAACACUGCGUGGUGUCCUUCCAGUCUGACAUGAAGUGUCUGCUGCAGGGGAACAACUCCCUCAAGGCAUUCAAGAUCUCCAUGGCCUUAGUGCUGAUUGGGACCAACCCCAACUUGUUUUUCUUGAAGGGGCAGGGCCAGUACCUGGGUCAGGAUCCAACAAAACCCGUCUCCUGCAAGCAGAACCCCAUUGACAUCCACCCCUACACUUUUGAGUGUACCAAGGAGCCAGGUCUGUUUGCCAUGGGCCCGCUGGUGGGAGACAACUUUGUUCGCUUUUUGAAGGGUGGUGCUUUAGGCAUCGCCUCCUGUCUGCUGAAGAGACUCAAGAAGAAAGGGAAGCUCAUCAGCAGUGGAGGGAAUAACUUUAUUUGAAAACAUGAUGGAGAGAAGAGCAGCACAUGUUGUGUUGUAGGGCACAGAUUUCAAGCGCUCUUGCCAACUGAUGUAAAUGGUGAAGGGGAAAACAAGUUUUAAUAUGUUUUAAUCAUUAAUGCAGUAUUUUCUCAUCAAAGCUCCGGAAUUUUUACAACUUUCUGAGACCAAAAAGACAGUGGAUGUACACCAAUUAGUUUCUAAAGAAACAAAAGACAGCUUUCCAGAGUUUUGUCUGACUUCAUAAGAAGUCCCAAGAAGUCCAAGCUACUGUGUGCCAAUGUUUUCUGGUCAAUCUGUAACCUCACAACUGAAUGGGACCUUAUUUUCAUCAGGGUUAUUUAUUCGUUCACCAUGUGUCUUUCAAUCCAUUUUCUAACAACGUUUAGUUGCUGUAAUUUUACACUUUCUUUAUUUUCUUAGUCUUAUUUUAGCCUAGCAUUUAGUAGAGGGGAAGCUCAAAAGGAGAGGCCACUGCACUCAGUCUCCAUGCAAUUUACAGCUAUAGUCAUUUAAGUGAUGGGCACUCGCAAUCUUUAUUCCCACUUACAAAGUUGCAUUCAUCUCAACCUGGAGUGGUGAGUGCUUGCAAUAGUGGACGCACAAGAUUAAUCUCAGAACGUGACCCAGCAGGUUCAUGGCGAAGCAGCUUUAGUGUUCCUGGUUAUUC